UGAGAUUCUGUUUUAGUUGCUCUUUGUUAUGUCGUGCCACCGGGAAAUGUUUAGCCAAGCUCCUGUUCUUUCAAGCCAAAAGUCGAAGCUUUUGUCGUUGGACGAGCAGCUGAUCCGCCAGCUGUUCUACAAGUAUCACACCUUGGAGUUGUCCAACGCAUUGGACAAGCAGUCCGAUGAAUCAAAGGGGCUUUCCGUUUACGGGAAGCGUUUGGAAGGCGGCUCCAAACGGAGGACCAGCACUACUAGCAUUAACCCAAAACUUUCCCAGAAAAGUUUCCCCAAAUGGAGGACCAGCACAACUAGCAUUAACCCAAAAGUUUCCCAGAAGGGGUCCGUUGCUAGUGUCCGUCCCAAUUCCUCCUUCUCCCACCAUUCAACAGCACCACGCCGACAUUUUGAGUCCUCAUUCCGUGAUAGUUCGCGUCAUAAUUUAAGUGCCACGUCACGCCUUUUUAAUAUGUCCCACUGUUUGCGUCCAAAUGCGAGUGCUACAUCCCAUAUUUCCAAUGUCUCCAAGCGUCUCCAGGAGCUGGCCAAAGCCAAGCAGUCGCCCAAGGUUUUGAAUACCAGGCCGCCAUGGCAUCUCACCUGGUCGAUGCGAACCUUUAAGGCCAGCGAUCGUCUGACGCUUUUGGCCAAAAGCAGGAUGCCAUCCAUCGAAAAACUGUACAAUCCCUUCAGCGUGGCUCAGCGGGCAUUGACCUACAAAGCCACUGAGCGCAUUAACCUACUGGCAGUGCCCAGAAAGAGGACACCCGCUGUUGUGGAAUACUCGGAUGUCCAGGUAAGAUCGACACGCAAAGGAUUCCGCCCCGGACAUCUAACUCUGCGGCUGUACAACCUGGCCGCUCCAAAGCUGAGGGAGGACACCACUAUCCGGCGGAAGCCGUUCACAGUGCGACGCAGCGCGAUGCGGGCCACGUUGACGCCUCGUCUGGAGCAACUCUCCCAGCCGAGACAGCAGUUCAUCCGCAACUGGGAAUGAAGUCUACCGGGCUAAAGACCACAGUGCACUGUAAUCCUGUGACCAGAUCCCUGUGACCUGCCAUUACCCCGAUCACGCAUUUGAAUAAAUAUUUAAAUAAACUUUUAAUCCUAAA